CGCUCCAGCGCUGAGAGCUUCACUCUGGUGGAGGAAAGUGAGCACGGAGGGUUGGUAGACGUGGCACCAAGUGACCCCCCGCAACUGCCCCCUGUAUUUACAAACAACAGGCGUCUAUUUGCCCCACAACCCUGUACCGUCCCGGCACACGGACUCUCUCUGAAGGAGAACUCCCCUCGACUAAUAAAUGCCAAGAGGAAAAACGAAAGAGCCAACUGAUCAGGAUCGCCGCUCGGACGAAGUGGAGAAAAACGGUCGGACGAACACGUAGUGACGAAAACAAAGCACGGAUCGCCGCCGUUACCGUUCUCAAUGCAUACCCUUUGUGCCCGGGGAACGAUGAAGCCAGAGAUCACCGCCGCCGUCGGAUUUCUGUCGAGAUUUCUGCGGGUAAAAGGUCACGUAAACGACAGACAGGUCCAAACAUUCAACCAAAGCUUACAGGAUAUUUUGUCAGAGCAAUACAAGCACCACUGGUUCCCAGACAGGCCCUGCAAGGGUUCAGGUUACAGAUGCAUCCGCAUCAACCACAAGAUGGACCCACUGGUGGGGCAGGCGGGCCAGCGCAUCGGCCUGACCAUCCAGCAACUCUACCAGCUGUUGCCCAGUGAGCUCACGCUCUGGGUGGACCCCUUCGAGGUGUCCUACCGCAUCGGCGAGGACGGUUCCAUCUGCGUCCUGUACGAGUCGCAGCCCUGCCCCGUAGUAAUGCCGGCGAUGGUCACCGUCAGCUCCCCCUCAGGAAACGGUAUGUCGGGGAGCCCCAUGGUGGACAGUCGCAUCAGCUGCAAGGAGGAAAUGAUGGUGCUGGGCAGAGCCAGUCCCUCCAAAGCCUACAAUAUGAUGACUGUGUCCAGUUAAAGAGGCCCACCGUCACCCACCCCGGCCUACUUUUGUUCUGUGUCCCGUCGUGGCUGGUCAGAUCGUAUGAUCAGAUCAGGGUGAGCCUUUUUGAAGCUAAGAAUAUGAAAUGAAAUAGUGAAAGAAGAAAAAAGAAGAAGAAGAAAAAGGAUGUGGCCUAUCAUCCAGGUGAUGGAAACCUUGAUAUUUUUUACCCUCUCCCCCCAUUAGCAUCUGUUCUGUUGAGUCAUUGGAUCAGCUCGGCACUUAUUUUAGGAGAAGCUUUGUGGAAAUGGGACUGUUGGGGCAGCUAAACAACCAACCAACCAACCAACCAGGAACCCCCUCGACUAUAAACAACAUGGUGAUCAGCUCCACCUCCCAAGGGGCUAUCAUUGACUUUGCACUUUCUUACUUGUGGUUACGAUGGGUACAUGUUUAACACACCACAGCAAAACACCAGAACCUAAAUUGUAAGGUUUUGUUUUUUUUUGGGUUUUUUUAAAUCAGGAACCCUACCCCUUGAAUUUCAAAAUCCUGAGGUUUUUCAAUUUGCCGUUUUCACUUGUUUUGUUUCUUGGGUGGGGAGGAAGUUGAGGUUUAGACUGAAGCCUUUCACAAUCCAAGCUCAAGGUAAAGAAACACCCAAUGAGAGCAUCUCUAUUUUCUAUAAGACCCCCUUUUUGGACCACAGGGAAUUAGUUUUCUUUAUCUUGUAGCUGGAAAAAGGCUUUCAGUCUCAACUUUGCCUCCCCCCCUCCCCUACCAUCAACACAGAGCCUCAGAAAACCAUCAUCUCAGCGUUCUCUCUGUAAGUGCAAGUGGAAUGUGUUACGACACCUGCUACCUGUGGAUACCAGUGUGUCCCGUUGCACUGUCGCCCUCCCAUCACCCAUGUAUGUGUAGCUUUCCAGGGGGAGGGCAGGGGAUCCGUCUCCUAUUCCCCCUCCCCCGAGUUAAUGAAUGUUGUUGAAAAUCACAAUCAAGUUCCUGUGUUGUUAAUAUUGCCCCCUUUCCUCCAACCACUUUGUCAUCUCACGCAUCGCCAAAAUUCAAAGUGUAGCAAAAGGGGGGGCCUAUUUUACCCAAAUUUUCGUCUCGUGGCCCUGAAUUGACGUUGAAUGCACUUUGACGUGAGAUUGUGUGGGAUGUGUACUUUGUAGAGAAAAUCGCCUGCAUUCCAUCCAUUCGAAUGUCAUCUUUUCGCGCCGUUUUUAUUGCCCUCCCUAUUCUUAGCCGUUUGUUCAUACUGUAGCUCCCACGUUGGGAUAGACUAAUGUCUAUUAAAUCGGAAGUGUGCAACUCUGGAUUUCAAAACUUUUUUUUUUUUUUUUUUUUUUUUUUUUUAAUGACACUGUAUUUGUGAACAUUUCAGAGCGCUUGAUUUGGAGAGUAUUUUAGGUGGUAUGUUAGAAACAUUCUGUCAUCCGUUCAUAUGGCACUGUUCGCUCUGGCAGGACGCAGAGCUAAGCUGUCCCCACCCCCCCCCCCACCCCCAGAUGGUGAUUUGUGUUGCGCAUAGAAGAAAAAAAAAAGUUAGUCCAGACUAAGUGAUGACUGUGUAAGACUUUGGCCAAAGGGAGGUCUGGAGCACCAACUGUUAAGAAAUUAAUUUGAACUUAAAUUACAAACACCAGGCCUUGUCAGCCUUCUAUAAUCAUUAACAUUUAUUCCCAUGGUCUUGUAAAAAAAAUGAGAUCCUUAUAUGUGCAUUGGAGGUUCAUUGCCUUACGAAGACCUCAUUGUCAUGAAUUAUGAGCCAUUCGUGAUUUUUAAACUAAUACCAGGCGUAUGUGAGCCAGCCUGGUUCAUGCGCUGCCCGGACCCUCACUGGAGGUGUCCAUUUUCCAGCCUGGCAGUGUCAAAUCCCCCCCCUUCCUCUCCCUACACUCCUCCUGGUGUGUGGGGGUCAGAGUGCCUCACGUGCCACAUAUCACCCCUCAGCUCAGACCUCCUGUUCAGGCAAAAGCAAGCCAGCUUGCUGCUAGCGGACCCCCUGUGGAUGCAGGUGGACUUAAUGUGACACAUAUCAUCA